GUCAAUCUACCCACAUAUGUAUACAAAAAAAAUUAUUUGAAUGGGGAAGUUUUAAGUAACAUACCAUGUAAUAAUCCUUACUUAAUUUUUGUUUCGACUCUGGAGGUAAACUUUGAAAAAGCAUAAGAACAUUCUAGAAGCGACCAUAAGAUAUUCCCUACCGCAUUUUAUUCGAAAAUAUUUGUGAAAAGUAUUGAGCUACCUUUAUCCACUAUUAGUUAUUAUGGUCAGACAGACACGUAAUAAAAGAAGAAAUCAGGACCAAAAUUCAGCAGCAAGUACCAGUAAGCAAUAUACAGCAGAAAGUGAACAGAAUGCAAUAGCAGAUGAUGGUAAACAAAAUGCAGCAAGAGGUGACACCGAACAAACUAAAACUAAUGUGCAAACCCAACUAACAGAAAUUCAAAUAUACAAUUGGCAAAGAGAACAAGAAAUGGAUCAUCAACAAACAGCAAUUGAAGAGUACAAUGAAAUUCAGACUACUGAUCAACAAAUUGAAAGAGAGGUUGAAAAUAAACAAUGUAGAAGUGGACAGAUUCAAAUUGCAAUUGAUGUAAUUCAUUUACAAAUGGGAUUGAAAGAGAAUAUUGAAACAAAUGAAAUCAAAUCUACAGCAGUUGUAAAAUAUUCUGUACCUAGGCCACCAGAUUUCAUUAGAUUACAAUGUAAUACAGACUUAAAUUUACCACCUGCUAAUUGGCUCAGUAGUGCUGCUGAUCUUUAUGGAUUACAAAGAGCAUACACAUUGACACAUAGAGGCUACACAAGUUUGAGGAUGGCUCAGAUGUAUCCAGAUUGUGUUGGUACUGUGGAUGUUAUAGCUGAUGCAGAGAUCAUUAAGAAAAUAUUGAAAAUUCCUUAUACUCAAGAAACUAUUAGUAUAUUUGUACAUAGGGUUGGUAAUACUUUGCUCAUAGAUAAUUUUGAUAUCUAUAAGACUCAAGCAAAUGAUGAGGAAUAUUGGUUACGUGAUUUUGUUAUGAAACAUCUAAGUGCUAAAGCUAUUCAAGAUGAAAGACGCUUGUAUUCACAAAUUCGUUCAAGAGAGGCUUUGAGAAACAGAAGUCUCAUUUCAAAGUUUAUGUACCACAGUUUGGGAAAGAAUGAAGAUGAUAAAAAAAAAGAUGAACAGAAUCAAACUCAUAGAACUUCUAGAAGUGUGGAUGAAACUCAUCUACCUAAUCCUCCAGAUGUUGGAGCUCCUGAUUCUACUUUUGAUGACAAAUAUAACCGUAAUGUGGUUUGGACUUUUGAGGACAUAGAAAUGCUGUUAGGUACUGACAUGCCAAUUUUUGGAGGUGGUGAAUAUCCUUGUAUUUCUCUGCGAUUAAGGGAUAUGAAACAACCCAUAAAUGUAUUAACUGGUAUUGAUUAUUGGCUUGACAAUUUGAUGUCUAACGUUCCUGAAGUAGUAAUGUGCUACCAUCUUAAUGGGUUUGUACAGAAGUAUGAACUUAUUAAAACGGAAGACCUUCCACAACUUAAAAACUCGAAAUUUUCACCACAACUCAUCAAAGAUGUUGCCCAAAACAUUCUAUCCUUCUUGAAAACAAAUGCUACAAAAGCUGGACAUACAUAUUGGUUAUUCAAAGAUAAAAAAGAUGACUUCAUUAAACUUUAUGAUCUAACAUGUUUAGUUCCUCAGAAUGAUAAGCUACAGAAUCCAUUUACUAUUCCUGUUGCUAUGUUGCUUUAUAGGGUUGCAAGAAACUUCAUGAAAUCAAAGAAGAAGAAUAGUGGAAUUGUUAAAAAGCUAUUGGAAAAUAGUAUCAAACUUCUACCAGAGCAUAAAUAUCCAGAAAUAAUAACUUCUUCAUAUUUUAUGCUUUCUGAAAUUUAUCUUCCAAAAACUACAAAUCCAGAAGCACCAACAUUUGACAAAGAUGACCCAGAUCAAGAUGAAUGGUUGGACAGCAAAAAUGAAAACCUCAAUGAAGAAAAUAGCGAAGAAGAAAUAAAGGCAUGUAAACCACCUCCUCCUAUAGAAGGUGGGGCAGACUAUCGGUGCUUAAAAGCUCUCUCCAAUAUACAUAGAGGUCUGAACAGUUUGCAGUAUUUCACUGACGAACCCUCAGAGCCUGAGGGUGCUGGAAUGCCAAGUGCCAGGAGUUCAGACCCUAUACCUAUGGGAUAUGAAUGUUUGAGUGGCUUAAAAAAAGAGGACGUUUUUGAUGAAGGGGCUGGAAAAGUCGAACAAGGGAAUGUAAAAAAGACGAAUAAAGAUAUGGACUCAACCGAAAAAGGUGUUGUUAAAAAAGCAUCAAAAUCAAAAAAGAAAAAAGCAAUAAACAAAAACCCAGAUCUGGCUUCAUUAUUAGUAAUGAACAAUAAAAACACUGAACCUCUACCUACAUGGAAAAAGAAAAAUGCUAGACAAGAUGGGAUGCCGUGGAAAACCCAUCUCAAAAUUUUGCUCUACGAAAAGGCUGUACUUGUUUUCUCAACUCUUUCCGAAUAUUAUUUUGGAAAACAGCAAUAUGACAAUUGUUUUAGAAACUUGAAGUUAUUAGCAAGGUGUUGCCUCAUAAUGAGAAAAUUGAAUGGUUCAAUUCAAAUAAAUGAAAAUUGCAUUCUUGGAAGAGCCGGAGACUGUUGUAUAAGGAUAUUCUCACUUUGUCAAAAUUUUCAAUACUCCUUCCAAAAAUUUCGAGAUAAUAUAUAUACUCACACAAGAAAAGAAACAGAAAUGAUAUCUCAGUUAAUGAAAGAUGAAGACGAUAAUGAUCCAGCAGAUCCACCAAAUUUGCACUGUUUGACUAAAUGUGAUUUUGAAACGCCCGAGGCAGUGAUUCAUUUGGCUGUUGUAUGUUAUGAAGAAGCCUUGAAAGUAUCUGAGACUGAUAACAUGUUGAAGAGGUUAGGAAAUGCUUUGAAUGAAACCGGAACUUAUUACCUAAAUUAUGCGAAAAUGUUCUAUGGACAAGAAAUCCGCACAUGGGCGAAGAAGGCCGAGAAAUAUAUAACCUCAUCAUUGAAAAUUUUUGAUAAAAUCGGAGAUGUGGUAAAUAUGGCCCUUGUAAACACAAAUCUUGGUCAUAUGCAUCGUCUCAUAGCAUACUCAUACUCCUUACCUGGACGUGCAUUAACAUCUGAAGAGAAUAAACUUUAUACCAAAUCCAACGAGUAUUUCAAAAGGGCUUUGAAAAUACUGGUUGAUAGGAAGACGAAUCCGCUGAUUUGGGAUAAUGUGAAUUGGGAAUUAUCUUGCUCACUCUUCUCCAAGGCUUGUUUAAUGCACGAUAUUCCACCUGAUGAUGUCGACUUUUCGAAAUACAGUGAAAAAGUAUUGAAGGCACUAGAAGAUGCAAAGAAUGCUUGCGAUAUGGACGAGAAUCACAGCAAAUUCGAAAACUUUCAAAGUAGAAUUGCUUUAAUCUGUAUUAGAAUGGCUUCAAUCCAUCACAAACUAUUUCUCAAUGCGACAGAUCAAGUUACUAGGGAAUCCUUGUUUUUAAAGGCUCAAGAGAAAUAUCAGAUGGCAAUCAAGUAUUUUUAUGAAGUUGGAGAACUUAUUCCUUAUUUGAGAGCUAAACUCAGCGUAAUCAAUCUAUUUGAGGAAAUGUCCAAGCAUGUCCAUGUUGUACAUAAGUUAGAACUUCUACAUUCUUGUAUGGAAGUAUUCCUAUCAAGCUCUGAUAUGCUACAAAAAAAAUUGCCACAAAUAACAGAGGAGCAAAAAAAUCUCAAACCUUCUUCAGAAACAAAUGUUAUUUCAAUUGAGGAGACCUACUACACAGCAUUGCAAAGAAUAUUGGAUACAUUUAUGCAAGAAUUCCUUAAAGUUAAUCUAUCUAUACUGAAAAUGUUCUCUGGGGAAGUGGCUAUGAAUCAGAAUGUUAAAAAUGUUUAUACAGAAUGUUACAGAACUUCUUUGAAGUGUUACAGUGAUAAGACUUGUGAUGAUACAAUUAUAAAAGUGUGUAAGGUUUUAAAAUAUGUUAAGGAAACCAUUAUGAAAAUGAAUUUCCCAUAAAGUUUUUUUACUA